AUGUUUAAGAAACAGGAUGAGCGGGUGGUCGGAGUCCCAUACUUUGUGGGGAUGAAACCGUACCAGCAGGACGUCAUAUACGGUGAUCCCGGUAAUACUCCGAUUAAGCAAACCAUGUAUCGUGAUACCCCUGCUCCUUUUAACUGCCCUUACUGCGGUAAUUCCGGACUCACCUUCGUCAGAUCGAAACUUAGCUUGGCAGCGGUUGUUGCAUGCAUGAUGCCCUUCAUGCUUGGAUUCUGCUUUCUUUGCCCCACAAUGGAUUGCCUCUGGCACAAGUAUCAUUAUUGCCCACACUGCACCGAGAAGGAGAGCUUUGCUAUUCCUGCUGGAUAA